AUGACAAGAAUUGGAUCUACUGUUAAACAGGGAACAACAACCAGAAGGAUCAAUAGAAUUGCUGAGAGAAUAAGAAUUACAAAUCUCGAUCAACAAAAAGAAAGAGUAAGAGAAAAUCAAAGAAACGAAAAUCCAAUUGGACCUCAGCGUGAACAAGAGCGGAAUAAUGAUAUUGAUUAUGAUAAAGUGAGCGUUCAUACUUCGCAAACAAGUUCAACUGAAGAGGAAAUACAAAGAUCUGGGGAUACAGGAAGAAUUGAGGGGAAUGAUGAGAAUAUGACACUUGCAGAGCUUAGACAAAGAUUGAUUGCAGAACGACAAAGAGAAGGUGAAGAGCGUGCGAAUUUGAUACGUCAGAAUGAUGAAUUAAGAGAAUAUAAUCUUAGAUUGCAAGAGCAGAGAUCGAGAAGUGCCACACGAUCCAGGUCGAGAUCAAGCAGGAGUUCAUCAAGGCAAAGUCGAUCCAAUCAAGAAGAUACUAGGCGAAGACAAUGCAUGGAAGAAAUUGAAGAAAACAUGCAAGUAGAUGAUAAUCCACAGGACCAACAAAGAAGAAGGGAUGUAGCUCAAGAUUUGGGAACUAAUCAAUAUGAGCAUCCGCGUGAACUUCUACAUCGCACACAUAAUAAUUUCGAAAGAUAA